AGGCGCUCACCCGGAAUUGCGGUCACGGUGACCCGUGGCAAACCCAGAAAACAGCAGGUGUCAACCCUAGGGCAAAUGUACCCGCACUUCCAGCAGCUCCCCUUGGGCCUCUGGAAGAAACAGGGUUGAAGGGCGACCGGACCCCGGGGCGGGGCGCGGGCCGGGGAUGGGCUGUGUAAGGUGGGCGGUCCCAGGCCGGGCGAGGAAGCUGGGCCUAUAAAGGGCUCGGCGACCCCGCGGUGAUGUGGGUCUUCGGAGCUGCUGCUGCGUGUGCUGCGUGUGAACGGAGGGCCGAGCGCUGCUGCAGUCUGCGGGUCGCUGAGUCUGAGAGGGAGGCGGCUUCUGAGGAGAGCGUCUGCCUCGGUUUAUUCCGCAGCUUUUCAGCAAACGAGUCGUCCCCAGCGAGCUCCCGGCAGCGCUCCGGAAAGGCCGUUCCGCCCGGUGAGGAAACAGAGUCGUAGAUCAUGGUUGCGACUGGCAGUUUAAGCAGUAAAAAUCCGGCCAGCAUUUCAGAGUUGCUGGACUGUGGCUUCCACCCGGGGAGCCUGCUAAAUGAUUUUGACUACUGGGAUUAUGUUGUUCCUGAACCCAACCUCAGUGAGGUGGUGUUUGAGGAGACAACUUGCCAGAAUUUGAUUAAAAUGCUGGAGGACUGUCUGUCCAAAUCAAAGCAAACCAAACUUGGUUGCUCCAAAGUCCUUGUUCCUGAGAAGCUGACCCAGAGAAUUGCUCAAGAUGUCCUGCGGCUUUCCUCCACCGAGCCCUGUGGCCUGCGAGGUUGUGUUAUGCACGUGACCUUGGAAAUUGAAAAUGUAUGUAAAACGCUGGACCGGAUUGUGUGUGAUUCUAGCGUGGUGCCCACUUUUGAGCUUACACUUGUGUUUAAGCAGGAGAACUGCUCCUGGACAAGCUUCACAGACUUUUUCUUCAGCCGAGGCCGCUUCUCAUCUGGCCUCAGGCGAACUCUGAUCCUGAGCUCAGGAUUUCGACUUGUUAAGAAAAAACUUUACUCCUUGAUUGGAACAACAGUCAUUGAAGAGUGUUAAAAAGGAAACAUUUUAGAAGGUCCUCUUUAUGACCGGGUAAUAAAACUGCACAGCUGCUCAAUUAAAAUCAUUUCAGUUUGCACACCUCCUCUCCCCAAGGAACCCCUAGUUGAGUUCAUCUCCCUUCUGUAUUUCACAGCAACCCCAGCUAAAGGGCUGAUCUCAUGGCUUUUGAGAAAUGUUCCAAAAAAGUGUACCUUUUCCACAUUUUUUACAAAAUGGAGGCAGGAAAAGAAGCAAUAAGCUUUAGUUUUAUAUUUGACCCCACUUUUUCCAGAUAGUCUUGCUAAAUAGACCACAUAAACCAAAUUGCCAGGUUUGAUUUUCAUAAAACUUUCAAAAUAUUUUCAGAGAGACCCUUUCAGUCACAGAUGCUCAAUGAUGAUUAGCCCAUCAAAAUGUCCAGAAGGCUAUACCACCCAUUUCCAGCCCCUGUUCAAAUUUAAAGGGUUCUUAACCUGGAGGGUAGCAUGAAGUGGAUGAGCUUAAUUAAAACUUAACUGCACGCAAGAGUGAAUUAAAAAUGUCACAUGGAGAAAAGAGCUGCUUCACUGUUUCUUUGCAUCCUUUCUUUUUUAAAGAGGUAGCAAAAGCUUGUGCUGCCAUUUUAGUAACCAUAGUGUUGUUUUAAAUAACUUUAUGGUACAAUAUAAGCUCAAUUCUUCUAGUUCUCAAGUACUGAAUGUUAUCUUUAAACUAGACAGAUGGAAAAUGUCAAACUGAUUUUUGUGUGUGUAGCUGAUUAAUCUUGCAUUGGGUGGAUGGUGAAUGUGUGUAGGAUAGGAAAUGAGUUCUCAGAUCAGUUCCUUUCUCGAAAUUCAUUUGAUAAUCUAGCUUCUUUUCGCUAUUAUAUACACUUAAUCUCAGAUGAACCAUCCCAAGUCAGCGUUAUCCCCAGCCUCUCCUGGGAACUGAACCCAAAUCUUCGAAGGUAAUAAUGGCACACAGCCACUUUUACUAUAAAGAAGGGCCUGUGUGGAAAGCUGCUUUAUAGUACAGGCUGAAGAAUUGUGGUGUAGAUUGAGGAAAUUGUGGUGUAGAUAACCAGUGCACAGACCCAACUUUUUUCAACUGGAUACCUGUCCCGAGGGAACGAUACAGGCUUUAUUGUCUUGUUCCAAUUUAGCUAGAUCAUUAGUAAUUUAUUUCUGUGUUAAUGGGAAAAUGUGGCCUCACUACAGUAUUCAGCAAAGCCUUGCUUUUGGUCAUUGGUAAGGAGAUUCCUUGGUUCUCUGGCCUAAGCUAUUAGCUCCACUUGGCAUACCUGACGCCAGGGCUUCAUUCUGCUGUUACUCAAAAGCAGGUAUGAUCCUGUUAUGAUCCUGUAAGUGACCUAAAAUUUCACUAUUCAAAUAAGCAAGUGGCCUAACAAAUUGAACUCUUAGAAUGUUUGGAAGGAUUUUUAUAGGACUUUGUAGGCCUGGGCCAGGAUAAUUCAACCACGGCUUGCAUGUGUAUUACUGUUUUUAGGGCUCUAAAGGUCACUGAGAUUCUUUGAAGAAGGUUUCUGUGGCUCCAAUGUAGAACUGCUGUCCUUUCUUCACUAACAGAUGUCAUUGUCUUUUAUGCUCACAAAAUGGUGAUGACUUAUGGAGACUUUCAAAUUAAUAUUCCUAUUAAAGGAAAUGAAAAUUUGUCUAUUUUUGACAAUAAAGCAUCACCUAUUUUUAA